AUGCUUGUCAAUGCUAGCUUCUCCAUCUAUCUUCACAGCAAGAUGACACUCAUCAGCCCUCAAACUCCCAUCAGCAACUGCCCUAAAACGAGCCCCCAAUGCCACAACCCGCGUAUCAAGACAAACAACAUUAGCCCACCCCCUCUUCGCCUCAAGCGCCUCAACCGAAGUCGUAACCCCCUCCCGCCCAAGCAAAGCAGCAAGCGACGCAUUCUGCGCCGCCCACCCAGGAUGAAAAGACUUCGCAUGCGACCCGAACAUCUCCCGAAGCCUAGUAACCUGCGUAGCAGCAAGACCAAUCGCAUAAGCAACCUGUUCAGCGUCCAACGCAAACAACUUCGCCACAGCAACAGCAGCGCCAAUCGAUCUCGUCGUUGA